GCCGCAACAGCCAUGAGCCAGCCGAGCCGCCCGACCUGCAGCCCCUCGCUGCCUCUCCGCCCGCGCCCCUGACCCCGCACCGCGACCGCACCAGACCACCGACCAUGAAGAGGCAGAACGUGCGGACACUCGCCCUCAUCAUCUGUACUUUCACCUACCUGAUCGUGGGCGCCGCGAUCUUUGACGCGCUGGAGUCUCAGGAGGAGACAACCCAGAAGGAGACGCUGGACAUGAGGAAGCAGGAGCUGCUCAGCACCUUCAACCUCUCCAAAGAUGACUUUGACCUGCUGGAGAAGGUGGUGCUGCAGCUGAAACCGCACAAAGCCGGCGUGCAGUGGAAAUUCGCAGGUUCCUUUUAUUUUGCCAUCACGGUGAUCACGACCAUAGGAUAUGGCCAUGCAGCCCCCAGCACAGUUGGAGGGAAAGUCUUCUGCAUGCUCUAUGCCCUCCUGGGAAUCCCCCUCACUUUGGUCAUGUUCCAGAGCGUCGGUGAGCGGAUUAACACCUUCGUCAGAUACCUGCUCCAUCGCCUAAAGAAGUGCCUUGGAAUGAGGCACACUGAAGUCUCUAUGGCCAACAUGGUGACCAUUGGUUUCAUAUCCUGCAUGAGCACACUAUGCGUGGGGGCGAUGGCCUUCACCCACUUUGAGGAGUGGAGCUUCUUUCAUGCGUACUACUACUGCUUUAUCACUCUCACCACCAUUGGGUUUGGGGAUUACGUGGCACUGCAGAAUAAAGACGCCCUGCAGACCAAGCCGGAGUAUGUGGCCUUCAGCUUUAUCUACAUCUUGACAGGCCUGGCGGUGAUUGGAGCCUUCCUCAACUUAGCAGUACUGAGAUUCAUGACAAUGAAUGCUGAGGAUGAGAAAAGGGACGCCGAGCAGAGGGCUCUUCUUGCCCAUAAUGGUCAGGUGGGUGGGCACAUUAACUGCUCCGUAGACCCGGUCUCCCCCUCCUCCACCCCCCCUGGUUGUGGCGGUGGAAGUGCAAUCGGAGGGAGCAGCGGAGGGGCUGCGAGCCGCGGCUUACGUAACGUUUACGCUGAGGUUCUCCACUUCCAGUCCAUGUGUUCCUGCCUUUGGUAUAAGAGCAGAGAGAAGCUGCAGUACUCCAUCCCCAUGAUCAUCCCACGUGACUUCUCCACGUCGGAUACCUACAUGGAGCAGGGGGAGGCUUUCUCCAACCCUCUGCACUCUAACGGCUGCGUGUGCAGCUUGCACCAUCACUCAGGCAUCAGCUCGGUGUCCACAGGUUUGCACAGCAUAAACACCUACAGGAGACUGAAUAAACGCAGAAGCUCUAUCUAAGCAGCUGUAAAUGCUAUUUGCGUGCAUCACCAUGUGAGGUAGUCCAGCUGGAGCAGACCAUCGAAGGAAGAAAAUGCCAACGCUACAGAGAUCUAACUCCACCAAUCUGGGUUUUGUUUUGGAAUUAAAUCAUUUGGUGGUUUGGACUCAAGACGUGGUUCUUCCAUUGAUGGAGCACAAACCUUGUAGUAUUAGAGUCACACUAAAGCUAAUGGUUAGGUGGCAUUUACAACAUGUCUUCUGACACUGUUGCAUGUCAGUAAGUAUGGAUUUCUAAACCCUAAUCUGAAAGAGAAGGACAAGCACUGAGAGAUAUGUAUUAAGAAGGGAAUUUUAUAAAAUAAAACAGUUUCUGAACAGAAAACUUGUUAGUAAGGAACUCACUCAAAGUAAAAUGUCUGUAUAUAUUUGGACACUUCACAAAAAGCUUAUAUUUUUCAGUGUGAGCUUUCAAAAAAUAAAAAAACAGACAUGUUUUUUCCUGUAUUUAUUUUUCCACAAUGCAGGUUCAAACAAACCUCCUGUUCUCCUUAAGAUCAACUUUUCUUCCAUGAGAAAACAUUAGAUCAAAUGAUAUAUCUCUCCUGUUUAAGAUAGCUGUCAUAAACACUGCCUUGCAAAAGUAUACUGAACUUCUUCAUGCUUGUCACAUUAGAAUCAUAAAUUUCAAAGCAUAUUAUUGGGGUAAUAUGAUUAACCAAAAGUUGCUUGCAAAUGUGAAAGCAGCUUUCAAAAAUGUUGUGAGUAAAAGCCUUAAAAAGUUUGCUAUAAAUUUUUAUUUAAUCUCAAUUAGUCAAUUUAAACAACCUUGUUUUGCCAUGACUUAAUCUGCAAAUUUUUUUCUGAAACUUUUGACUACUCUUUUUCCAAAACAUUUCACCCUCAGUCAGGUUGCAUCCUUGGACAUCAGUUUUAAUGUGCACUAAUCGAUAAUUAUAAACUCUUCCAGUGUUGUUCAGGCUUUAUGUUUAGGAUCCUUGUCAUGAUGGAAUGUAAACGUUAAUUCAAAGCUCUACCUUUCACAGCCGCUGACAGUUUUUCCCACGUUUUCCUUAUCCACCUUCCCAAUAAGCUCCAACCACAACGUUCCUGUCCAUAAUUAUGCCCACAGCAGGAUCCUGCCGUUUCAUAUUUUAAUUUGGGGAUAGUGUGUACAGCGUUUUGCACAGAGGCCAGAAAGUACAAUUUUGGUCUCAUCAGAAUAGAGCAUGGUUAAUGACAACCUGCAAACACAAGUUGUCUAAGAUUGAUUUUGUUCUUGCUUCUCUUUUGCUAAAGUCAGAUUUUUGGAUUACAUGCCCAAUAUUUGUCCUGAGGACAGAUUCUUCAAGUUUUCCAGGUAAUUAUUCAGUGCUCUGUGACAGGGUCAAAGCUUGAGAUUUAGUUUUAUAGCCAUACACUUCUUUGAAUUUCUCUAUAACGUUUUUCUUGACAUUAUAGAAUCACUCUUGAGCUUUGUGGAGUGAUUGAUUGUCUUUAUUUAUGGAGGGGUAUCAGCGUAAAGAGGGAUGAAUUGAAAUCCAAAUAAAAGACUUUCAGAUAUUUAAAAAAUGUUAAACUUUGUAAUUUAGCAGUACUUUGUGUUGUGUUAUCUCAUAAAAUCCCAAUAAAAUGCUUAACAUUUUUAGAUUAUGACACGACAGAAAAGUAAAGGGGGUAAAAACACAUCUGCAAAGCACUAUAAAGAUCCGACAUGCAAUGUCACCGUUGACCACUAGGCUUCGUUUGCCACUUUUCCCCUUAGCUUUAUAAAAUUACUAUGAAUUUAUUUUUUCAUAGAUUGUCCUUAUUCAUUAAUCUGAAUUAUGUACAUGUUCUCAUCAUGUUUUUGUGUAGCUGGACUAUAAUCUGAGAUCUUAAAUCAGAGCAUGUAAGCUCACCUGUGUAUUGUAGAAAGGCAUAUCGUAUUCACUGCUGCACCUUAGAGAACUGUUUGUGCUUUCAGACACUGAGACUCAGUGUCUGACAUAUUUGAUUCUUUUUAAAUGAAUCCCACCAUGUUCUGUUAUGUAGAUGAUAAGACCUACUUGUCGGGGAAGUGAGAGGCAUUUGGAUUGAUGCUCUGUACUUUGUGCACCUCACAAACAAAGACACAGCCUCAGAUUUUGCACGUCUUGCACUUAAAGGGACGGUGGGGCAUUCUCCAGCCCCACAUUCACUUGACUCAACCAAUUGAGGUCUUUUAUGCAGUGUUCAUUUUGUUUUAUGGAAGAAUUGACAUUUGUCUUUAUUGUAUUUCUGUAGUUUAUCUUCACAGUGAGUCAUUACAGUUUUCAGUUUUUCUUUUCUACAGGAAAGUUCAUGACUACAGUAAACCUGUUAGCGUUUUUCAGCAACUCACUACUUGAUGAGAAGAGCUGUGUGUGUUACAUGUACAUGUUUUUGCUUUCUUUUGAGCAUAAUAAAAUAUUAUUUAAUUUAAAA